CCUAGGUCCAGUCCUUGGUCCUUAGCUCUGCAGCCAUGGCUGAGAAUGGACAGAAUGGACUUCGAACUCAAGUGUCGUGCUGGAUUGCGGCAGUGCGGACACACUACUUGGUAUUGCUCUUCUUUACUUUGAUUGUCUACUUCCCUCGCUUGUGCUUGAGCUAUUUUGUUUUCUUCUUGGCACAGUUCCUUCGACUGAUUGCACGGAUUACUGGCGUGGCAACAGGGAGACCAGUCGCAAACCGACGUAUUUUGGUCAUCACAGACUACUUGCCUCCGCAGACACAUGGUAUUGCCAUUCGCUGUCAUGCCUACGUCAAAGAGAUGAGGGCUAAAGGGCACGAGGUGAUUGUCUUCAGCACAGCAUACGAGGCCUCCAAGGAAACCUCCUUCGACCAUCCCAACAUUCCAGCAGUGGUGAAUCCCUUCAACCUGAAGAACCGCAUUGGAUACAACCCUGGAGUGAAGUUGGCAUGGUUCCUGGGUGCCCAUACCUGGGACGUGGUCCACUUGGUCUAUCCCUCGCUGAUUGGAACUUUCGUUCUGACCACCUGUGCAUGGCGACGAAUUCCUGUCUACUGCUCCCACCAUGUAGAGAUGAACAUCUUUGCCUACAAGCUUGUGCCAAUCAGGUGGGUGGCCUCGUUCGGCUUGAAGAUGUAUGACAUCCUGGGUCUGGGACCUGCCAUCAAGUGGGGCACACUCAAUGCAGCACCAACUCUUUGCUUCGCAAGGGACCACAUGGGGAAGGAGAAUGAGGCCAAGUUGCGUCGAGUGCCAUCCGGCACUCACGAUAUUUUCACAGCUGUUCCGAAGUCAGACACGGAGCGUAGAGAUAUCCGAUUAGCCAAGUUCAAAGUCGACAGCGAGGAUGACAAGGUGAUCCUGAUGGUACAGCGGCUUUCAGCCGAAAAGGGCACCGAACGAGUUUUUACAGCUUUACUGCCAAAGGAGGAGGGCGGCCAAGGAGUAAAGGGCGUCCUGGCCAUCGCUGGUGACGGCCCUGCCAAGGAAGGAUUGAUUGCAGAAGCCACCCGCCUUCGUUUACGUGUAGUCUUCUUGGGGAAUGUGCCCCACAAUGAACUUCCACAGCUGUAUCGAUCUGCAGAUUGCUUCGUGACCAUGAGUCUUUCUGAGACAUUUGGUCUCACUUGCCUUGAGGCCAUGAUGUGCGGCUGCCCGGCGGUGAUGCCAUUCUGUUCUGUCUUUGAUGAAAUUUGGACAGACAAGACACCAAAGGAGUGGCAUUACAACAUCGAAUCGCCUGAAGAGUUGGCUGCUUCCAUCGCAGCCGCACAAACGGGACGUAAGUAUCUCCAAGAUCAUCCAGUUCGAAUGACCUGGCGAGAUGCUGCCGAAGAACUUCUUGAGCAGUACGAGGAAUGCAUCAAGAUGAACAAGAAGAACAGGGAGAUGCUUCGUGAAUUGGUUCAAUUUAUGGAUCAUUGUUUCCGCGUGGCAAUUUGCAGCACUGCAGCGACGUGGGUUUUGUGCAGAUACUACUGGCCAGCAAUGAAGCGUUUCGUCAGAGGUGUUGGGUUGGAGACUCUCGUACGUUGAUCUCGUUGAAGUGAACUUUGGGAUACUUCACCGCAGCGUACAUGUAGUGUGCUAAAUAUUUUGACAUGCUGCGCUGAAGAUGACGUCACUUAGCAUCUUGCGGGUCUGACAGCAGCGGCCAUUUUUCCGAAGC